AUGGCAGCGGCAAAGAGAACAGAUGGGCUGUUGGUGGGGGCCGUGGACCAGGGCACCAGCUCGACGCGCUUCUUGGUUUUCGACUCCAAGACCGCCGAGCUCCUCUGCCAUCACCAGGUGGAGAUCGAGCAGGAGUUCCCCAAGGAAGGAUGGGUGGAGGAGAACCCCAAGGAGAUCCUGCAGUCCGUCUAUGAGUGCGUAGAGAAAGGCUGCGAGAAGCUCCAGGAGCUCAACAUCGACAUCGCCAGCAUCAAGGCCAUCGGCAUCAGCAACCAGCGGGAGACCACGGUGGUCUGGGACAAGCUGACCGGGGAGCCGCUCUACAACGCCCUGGUGUGGCUCGACCUCCGAACGCAGUCUACCGUUGAGAGCCUCAGCAAGCGCAUCCCGGGCAACAACAACUUCGUCAAGGCCAAGACGGGCCUGCCGCUGAGCACCUACUUCAGCGCCGUGAAGGUCCGCUGGCUGCUGGACAACGUGCCGGGCGUGCGGCAGGCGGCCGAGGAGGGCCGGGCGCUCUUCGGCACCGUCGACUCCUGGCUCAUCUGGAACCUGACGGGCGGCGCGGAGGGCGGCGUCCACUGCACCGACGUGACCAACGCCAGCAGGACGAUGCUGUUCAACAUCCACUCCCUGCAGUGGGACAAGGAGCUCUGCGAGUUCUUCGGGGUCCCCAUGAGCAUCCUCCCCAACGUGCGGAGCUGCUCCGAGAUCUACGGCCUGAUGAGGCGGGGGACCCUGGGCGGCGUGCCCAUCUCCGGCUGCCUAGGGGACCAGUCGGCAGCGCUGGUGGGGCAGAUGUGCUUCCAGGACGGGCAGGCCAAGAACACGUACGGCACCGGCUGCUUCCUGCUGUGCAACACGGGCAGCAAGUGCGUGUUCUCGGAGCACGGCCUGCUCACCACCGUGGGCUACAAGCUGGGCCGGGACAAGCCCGUGUGCUACGCCCUGGAGGGCUCGGUGGCCAUCGCGGGCGCCCUGGUGCGCUGGCUGCGGGACAACCUCGGCAUCAUCAAGUCCAUGGAGGAGAUGGAGAAGCUCGCCAAGGAGGUGGGCACCUCCUACGGCUGCUACUUCGUCCCCGCCUUCUCGGGGCUGUACGCGCCUUACUGGGACCCCAGCGCCAGGGGCAUCAUCUGCGGGCUCACCCAGUUCACCAACAAGAGCCACCUGGCCUUCGCCGCCCUGGAGGCCGUGUGCUUCCAAACCCGGGAGAUCCUGGACGCCAUGAACCGCGACUGCGGCAUUCCGCUCAGCCACCUGCAGGUGGACGGGGGGAUGACCAACAACAAGGUCCUCAUGCAGCUGCAGGCGGACAUCCUGUGCAUCCCCGUGGUGAAGCCCACCAUGCCCGAGAUCACCGCCCUGGGCGCCGCCAUCGCCGCGGGCACCGCCGAAGGGGUCGGGGUGUGGAGCCUGGACCCCGCGAAGCUGUCGUCCUUCAUCAUGGAAAGGUUCGAGCCCCAGAUCAACGCCGAGGAGAGCGAGGUCCGCUACUCCGUCUGGAAGAAGGCCGUGAGGAAGUCCAUGGGCUGGGCGACCACGGAGGCCGCGGUAGGCGGCGACCCCAGCAUCUUCAGCAGCCUGCCCCUGGGCUUUUUUGUCGUGAGUAGCAUGGUCAUGUUGAUCGGGGCGAGGUACAUCUCGGGCAUCCCCUAA